AUGGAGCCUCACUGGAAGAGGGCUAAGAAUCUGCUUACUGCCGCUUUGUGUUUCUGGAAUUCUGCCAGCAACACCUUCGAUUUUCAUGUGGGCCCAAUGACGCCAACCCUGCUGGAUAUGGCUCAAAUCUUUGGGUUCAGGCCCCAUGGAAGGCCUGUUGAUUCUAUUGGUGACUAUCAUCGAAGGAAGAACCAAGAGAAACUGUCCAAGCUGAAGUUCAGUGCUGAGAAAGAUAAGGAUCAACCGCACAUGUUGUUCCUCAUGUACUGGCUUAACAGAUUCGUUUUCCUUAACCGUUCCUCGGCAGUUCUGCUUGAGUAUAGGCACCUGGCAGAAGCCCUUCACAAUCACACUGACGUUGGGCUUGGGCCUACAGUUCUGGCUCAUUUGUUCAAGAACCUGCAUACUGCCACCCUAGAUAAUCCACUGAACUUGUCUGCUCCCGGCGCAUUUUGGAUGAUCCAGAUUUGGCUGCAAGUCUACUUCCCAGAAUUGAGGUUCCCGAAUAUAAGUCUGCCUAACGAUCAAGUCCUGGCUCUCCCUCUCAUGUCGGCAGAAGUGCCCAAGCACUCAAUAGAUGAGUACCUGAUGUUCUUCAUGCACUGCACCAAGAGGUCCGCUGCUCAAUGGCAGGUGGUGCUCAGAAGGACUUAUCCCUAG